AUGAGUCCACUUCACAGAACUCUCACCGGUCAAUCGCAUAGUUCUCAUCAUUCGGAUCACUCUACACAGGCAUACUCGACCCUGACGAAAACAACGACCACUGAUCCUCUGGCGGGUACCCUAAACCAUUUGACCCCGGUCCAAGAACAAAAGCUCGAGGAAUUCAAGGACCGCUUGCUGAAAGGAGGAUGGUGGUCACCAGAUGGAGUCAAUGGCAAACCAAGCCACGACGAUGGGACAUUGCUCCGGUAUCUACGAGCUCGGAAGUUCGAUAUCAACGGCGCUAUCGGCCAGUUCACGGACACGGAGAAAUGGCUGAAAGAUCAACAGGUGGAAGAACUCUACGACCACUUUGAUGUAGAGGCUUAUGAAAAGGCGCGCCUUGUGUACCCUCAAUGGACUGGCCACCGCGACAAACGAGGCAUCCCCAUCUACGUCUAUCAGAUCAAAGGCCUGGACAGCAAGACUGUUCACAAAUAUCAGAAGGAAUCGCAGGAAUACAAAGACAGCCUCCCAUAUCACAAGAACCUCUCUACCCCGGCCAAAUUAAUACCUCUGUUCGCCCUGUACCAGAACCUCCUUAACUUCGUCAUGCCCCUCGUCUCGACCCUGGAACGACCUAAUCCAGAAGUACCCGUUACGAAUUCUACAAACAUCGUUGAUAUCUCUGGUGUUGGAUUAACUCAAUUCUGGAACUUGAAAGGUCACAUGCAAGAUGCUAGUAUCCUGGCAACGGCACAUUACCCCGAAACCCUUGACCGGAUAUUUAUAAUCGGCGCUCCCUCAUUCUUCCCCACGGUCUGGGGCUGGAUUAAACGGUGGUUUGAUCCCGUCACUGUCUCCAAAAUCUUCAUCCUGAGCAAAAACGAUGUAAAACCCACCCUGUCGAAGUUCAUGGACACCAAAGAUUUCCCCAAACGAUAUGGCGGUGAACUCGACUGGGAAUGUGGCGAUCUCCCGCAUCUAGAUGACGAAACGCGCGCCGCAUUAGAAAAGGAUGGAAAUAAAGGCUGGGUCCGGGGUCCGUGUCUAUGGCUGGAUGGACAGAGAGUUGCGGUUGGUUCCGAGAACGGGAAACUCAGAAGACCGGACAGCGAUAUUCAGAAGAAAAAACCGAUUGUCUGCGCGGCCGACUACACCGAGGUGCCAGUUCAUCCUGAUCGGAAACUGUCGAUCGUGACCAAGUCGAGUACGACGAAGAUGGCCAAUGGGACAGCCUCGCCACAUCACCAUGCUGCAGAGGCAUCGGCGGCUGCUGUCGCAGACCGAGCAAUAUCAGCCAAGAUCGUAGAAAGCAGGAUGAACCCAGAACAACCACCGACACCGCAAUUAGAACCUCGGCCUAACUCUCGGCGUGAAGAAUCCCAGCAAGAACUCCCGAAUGUCCCGGAAAAGGAAUCAGAACCACCCACCACGACAGAGACCAUCUCUGUUUCCUCUGCAACGCCGCCCACGAUAAUUCCUCAGACGACGAGCACGCAAGAACCAUCCACCGUACAUCCUCACCCUUCCGCCAUCCCUGAGCCUGGUCCAACGCCAUCUCAUAGAGCGGCCAUGACACAAGCCGUGGCAGAAAAGUUGAACGAAGAAUCUGUCACGUCGAACCCCCCGACGGCCAAUGGGCAUGCUGCCCCCGAAGUGGCCAGUGAUCUAACCAGGGGCCUCCCGAUCGAGACGGAGAAAUUGGCCAUUGUGGAGUCGACGAAUGGCGAGAUCGACCGCCCGUUCAUGGAGAGAUUCGUCACUGCCACUGAAGUUUGA